AUGGCCGACGAGCCUACGCUUCCGCGGAUCCCUCCGUCCAAGGCAGCCGAAGCGAUCUUUGGUCCUGCCCGCAAGCGCGCCCGUUUCGACUUGCGCGGCGACAUUUCGGCACAGCUGCUGUCCAACUCCAGCGAUCCGGCCGUCUUUUCCAGCGACGACGACCCGGCUCUCGACAACUACGCGUCUGACCGGCGGAAAAAGAAGAAGCGCUAUGUGGGCGCAUGGUUUGCGCAGCAUCCUGCCUCGACAGACUCUGCCUUUGACGACUUUAUGGAGCCGACAGCACCGGCAGACACAGAGGAUACAGAGGACACAAAAUACAGAAAAGAGACGACAGCAGCAGCCCCGAUGGCCAGCCCGAGAACAACGGUGCUUCCCCCGUCGCCAGUCCGGAGAUUGCCUAAGAAGCGCACACUCGAGCGCCAGUACGACAGCGGCGUGUGGAUGGGCAGCGGGACAGCAGACGAAGACGAGGCCAUGCCCGACUCUCCACCGGCAGCAUCGCUCGCUUCCACGUCCUCACAGCUGUCCUCACAGCUGUCUCUGGCACCGCCACCACCACCACCAGCACAGGCAGACUUCCCUCCGCCUCCGCCUCGGCAGCGGCGCAUCUUUCAGCGGGUGCCGAGUCUGGCUGUGAGCAGCGCCGAGAAGAGGGUGCGGUCGAUCAUCCAGGAGUGCAUCGAGGCGGGCGACGAAGAGAUCUCGUUGAUUGGCCUUGGACUCAACUCCCUAUCGAAUGCAACGGUGGAGCCGCUGUCAGGCCUCGUGCCCAUCCCCGUUGUUGCCGAAGGCGUUGCCUUUGAGCAGAAAGAGCCACGGCUGCAGAUCUUCCUGUCGAACAACGAACUCACCCGGCUCCCGGGCGCCCUCUUCAACCUCGAACACCUGACUGUCCUAAGCCUGCGCGGCAACGGGCUGACAGAGCUACCUCCUGCCAUCGGCAAGCUGCGAAACCUCCAAUCCCUCAACGUGUCUCUGAACAAGCUGCGCUACCUGCCCGCCGAAUUACUCCCGCUACUUCACACAUAUGGCCAAGGCGGCCGCCUGACAAUGCUGCUCGCGCACCCGAACCGGUACUUCAUGCCAGACGAGGAGACCCGCACUUCCGAUGACCGGGAUGGAGAAGAAGGGGAAGACGACGCCGACAACGACGACGAUGACAACGGCAGCGUGAUCGUCCAUCGAGGCAGCGAGAAGCAGAGAACGGCAGGCACACAGCGGACACCACGCCGGCCAUUGGCACGACCGACGCGCGUCGCCCGCUCGCGCGUCCGCUACAUGGACUCGACCGGCAAGACCUGGUCCGACUUUGCCAUGCAGCCGGGCACGUCUGGCCUGAUGACCACUGAAGACCUGGCUGUCGCCCCGACGCCGCCGUGGUCUACGCUGCCACACCUCUCCCGGGGCGCGGACGGACCUCGGGACAGACAAGCCUCGGGCCUGACGGCAUCGCGCGUGCCCACGCUCAUGGAGCUCGCCCUGGAGGCCUGCUAUGGCGUGCCGCAGCUGGGCCAGCUGGCCGAACUGCUGCCCUCGGACGCGCCACCGCAGCUGGCGCGACAGCUGGCACGAGCCCGGGCGCUGCGCGAGGCGGGUGGUGCGGCAUGCUCGCUUUGUCGGUGGCAGCUCCUGGUGGCGCCCAUGACCGAGUGGCUGGAGUGGUGGGAGUUUGCAAAGUCGGACAUUGAUCUGUCGUAUCUGGCAUCGACAUCCGCAUCAGCUGCAACUACAACCACACCUGCACCUGCGACUGCAACUGCAACUGCAGCAACAACGCCCACGGUGGCGAACGUCGAUGAGGCUGCAGUAGUUGGCCCGGAUGACAUGGAGCUGUUGCCGUUCGUGUGGCGAGGGUGCAGUUGGGGGUGCGUACCAGCUGCAUCGAGAGGAGACGAAGUAGAGUAG